UGGUGAAGCCAGUGAAGCGUCCAGUGGCGGCCAUGUAAACAAGACAAGCUACACCGCGUGCGAAGGAGAUUGGUUUUGUUCCACUAGACACCGUAAUUUUAAAACAAACAGCCAUUAUGGCGCACAGAGCAAGUGCAUACGUCAAGAACGUACUCCAUAAUGGAGUUGGACGUCAUGUGUGCCAGCUGCAGCGACUCACCAUCAAGUUCUGCAAAACGCACGGCAACAGUCGCGGUGUGCGGGAAUACAUUGAAAAGGAAGCGGUAGAUUUUGCGAGAAAAAAUCCGGGUGUCGCCCUAUACCUGAGACCCCGAAGACAUCGGGAUCCCGUUCUGGUCGCAGAAUACCUCAAUGGCGAGCGAGAACAUAUCAGAGCGGCGGAUUAUAGCUGCGAAGAAAUGGUCAAGUGGGUAGAGUAUCUGAGGACCAGGUCAGGAAUGCCUGUCGUCAAGCUGAGGAAGUACUUUCACACCGAUCAUCCUAGCAUCCAAGGUUUCUGGACACCAUUUACUCAUCGCCCAACAGAGCAGAAUCUGACGCAGUAUCCGGAUGAACAGCUGAGCAAAUUCAUCAAUGUUGAGCCCACAGCUUCGGAACAGCUGCUGCAAAUGGCAGAGCAGUGCGGCUUUGAGAGUGGCCAGGAAGUAAAUGAGAGGAAGUGAACACUAGGUUGAUAUUAAAAGUAUUGUAGGUAUA